UAGACAAACCACGGAUAUAUGACCGCACAUGUAUGCGCCUCUGGAGUGAUUCUCCUGGAAUGACACAUUCUGUCAUCGGAGAUUACAAACCCGGAAUGAUGGACAUAAUGAACGAGGAGCAGGUGGAGAACGGACUGGACUCCGAUGAUGAUCUUCCACCCGAGGAGAUACCCGAGUACCUAAAAGACAGGAGAAGAGCCAAGUCCUUACCUGCGUAUCCAGAGCAGGCGAACCUGUACCACCAGAUCUCCCAGAACUGCAGGAAACGCGUGAAGUUCGCGGACGCGCUCGGCUUGAAUCUGGAGAGCGUCAAGCACUUCAGCACCAGCGAUGAUCCUCAGAUUCCAGCCAAAGUCUUCACCAGGCUGAAGAGCUUCCCUCUCCACAAGGACCGAGAGUUCAUGGAUGACUUGUGCGUGAACAUCAAGUCCUCUCUGGCUCUGGACUACCUGGUCCCGGCGUUCAAGACGCCCGUGGACACCGAUGACUUGGAGACGCGGCUGACGCGCUACCGCGUCGCGCUGGAAAGCGUCACGGUCACGCAGUUUGAUGUCCGUGGGAUCAUACGGGCGAUGGGUAGAAGAGAGGUCGGGGUCAGGUAUACUUUCAACGACUGGCUGUCGUUCGUGGAUGCGCAAGCCAUCCCCGUGCCCACAGAGCACAAGACGCGCGGAGAGCGCUUCUCCUUCACCAUGUAUACGCCUCCUUUCUUAGGUCCGAGCGCUGCUGUGCAUUUCGCCGUGUACCUGAGGGAUGAUAACUCUGAGUUCUGGGACAACAACGACGGGGUGAACUAUUCCCUGAAGUACCACAGCUCGUCAUCCAGCGAGACCGCGGCUUUCCACGCGAUAUGAAGUAGUGCGCUUUUACGCAAGGAUUCGUUGCGCGUUUCACCGAGCGGUGUUACUGCCAUCAAAGAGGUGUCAGCGCUCAAGGCUGGAGGAUAUAUACAGUGGAUUGACAUGUCCUAGAAAGAGUUUACCAGAAAAGAAAUUUCUUUCAUCAUUUAGUCACCCUCGUGUUGUUCCAAACCCGUUUGAUGUUGUUUCUUUCGUGGAAAGAUAUUUUGCAGAAUGUCCAAGCUGCUCAUAGAAAGUGGAUGAGAGUUGUUGAGCCAUAAAAAAGUGCCAUAAAUGUGGUUCAUAUGUUCUGUCUGUUAUGUUCUAAAAUUCUAAUAUCACAUAAUUUUGUGUAAGGAACAAACUGAAAUUGAAGUUAUUAUUUGCUAAAAAUCUUGUCUUCUGAAGACUGUUCUGUCAUAGGAACAAAAAAUACAAAAUAAAAAGGUAACUGCAAAUUUUUAUCUCACAAAUCAGUCUUUCAGAAACUUUUAGAAAACUCAGAAUUGCAAGAUGUGAACUUGCAGUUCUAAGAAAAGUCAUAAUUGUGAUGCAAGCUGAUAUUAUAUUUUCCUUUUUUGUGUUUCAUUCUGUGAAAAAAAUGGGGGGAAAAGAAAUUCUGAGUUUACGUCUUGCAGUUGUUUUUCUUUCUCAGAACUCGAGUUUUUGAGAGGAAAAAAUGUCACAAUUACCUUUUUAUUUAUUUAUUUUAAUGCUGUAGCGGAACCAAGCUUCCAUAUAUUUUCCUUCGGUUCAGACCAUUCAAAAGCAAAGUCAAGAAGCAUAGAACCAAUGAAAUUUGACACUUUUGACUAUGCAAAUCAGAUAUGGGAACUAUGGAGGAGGGGAAGCUUUUCAGGGUGUAAAUGAAUUUCAGACUUUUUUUUCACUCACACAAAGACUCCAGAAGACUUUAUACUAGGCACUUUAUGGUGUUUAUUUUAUUUUGCCCUUUUCGAAGCUUGACAGCCUCUCUUUAGGCUACUAUGUGUUUUUGUUGUAUGGAAAAGAGCA